UCUUGCAUUGUCGAGCCAUCAAUCGUAGUAGAUGAGAGUGCGCGUUAUACCGGAAGUAGGCAAGUUAGUAUCGAACAUUGUUGACCGGUCAGCAGUGUGCAAGUGGUUGAACAGUUUGCAAACUAUCGAGAAGACGAAAAGAAAGGUUUCCCGAGGAUAUAGAUAAUAUCUAGUUCUUUUAAAAACCUAUUGAUUUGUUAUCCUCUUUCACUUGCUACAGAAUACUCUGUCAUCAUGAACGGAUUAAGUGAACACACAAAUGGCAGCGAGCUCAAUGGCUGCGGUGAUAUCAUUACACAAAACCAGCAAAAGGGGUGUUGGACUAUCGGCCUAAUCAAUUCGAAAUUUCGUUAUCUCACUGCAGAAACUUUCGGUUUCAAGAUUAAUGCCAACGGUACUUCCCUUAAAAAGAAACAGAUCUGGACUUUAGAGCCAGACAACAGUAAUGCCGGUGAUAGCUUGAUCUACCUUAGGUCCCACUUAGACAAAUACUUAGCAGUAGACUCCUUUGGAAACGCAACUUGCGAAAGCGAAGAAAAAGAUCCCGGCAGCAAGUUCCAGAUCAGCGUGGCUGAGGACGGGACCGGCCGUUGGGCUCUUCGGAACGUCGUCCGAGGUUAUUUCUUGGGUGCCUCUGCAGACAAACUAACGUGCACUGCCAAAGUGCCUGGAGAUGCUGAAUUUUGGCAUGUUCAUCUAGCUGCCAGACCCCAAAUGAAUCUUAGAUCUGUAGGCAGGAAAAGAUUCGCCCAUUUAUCGGAAAAUCUCGAUGAAAUCCACGUAGAUGCUAAUAUUCCUUGGGGUGAAGACACCCUUUUCACCUUAGAAUUCAGGCAAGACGAAUCUGGGAAGUACGCAAUUCACACAUGCAACAACAAAUAUCUUUCAUUGGGAGGAAAACUGGUGGACACUUGCAACAAAGACUGUUUGUUCACUGCAGAAUAUCAUAGCGGACAGUUGGCAUUGAGAGACAGAAAUGGAGCAUACCUGAGUCCAAUUGGUUCAAAAGCCGUCCUGAAAACUCGUUCCAAUACCGUCACCAAGGAUGAACUUUUCUCCUUGGAAGACUCUCUUCCACAAGCUAGUUUUGUAGCCGCUUUAAAUGCCAGAUUCGUGUCCGUCAAACAAGGCGUUGAUGUGACUGCCAAUCAAGAAGAAAUUUCAGACCACGAAACGUUUCAAUUAGAAUUUGACUGGAGUACCAAAAGGUGGUAUAUUCGCACCAUGCAAGAUAAGUAUUGGACUCUUGAAACUGGCGGUGGUAUUCAGGCUGCAGGUGACAAAAGAUCUUCAAAUGCUCUCUUUGAUUUAGUAUGGCAAAUGGACGGUUCUGUAGCUUUUAGAGCUAAUAACGGCCGUUACGUGAUCACAAAACGUUCAGGUCACUUAUAUGCAACCUCAGACACAAUCGAUGACACUUGCAAAUACUUUUUCUACCUCGUGAAUAGGCCUAUUCUCGUACUUAAGUCGGAGCAAGGUUUUGUUGGAUACAAAUCUGCCUCAAGUCCAAAAUUGGAAUGUAAUAAGGCUACAUAUGAAACCAUUCAAGUGGAAAGAGGGGAAAAAGGCAUAGUUUACUUUAAAGGUCAGAAUAAUAAGUACUGGCAUGUUGACAGUGAAGGAGUCACUGCAGACUCUGAUACUCCUGAAGGUUUCUAUUUGGAGUUAAGGGAGCCCACCCGUUUAUGUAUAAAGACUGCCAACGGUAACUACUUAACAGCCAGCAAGAAUGGAUGCUUCCGUCUAGGUGACACAAACAUUGAAAAUGCCACCCAGUGGGAAUAUUAAAUACUCAAGUCGUAUAUUUAUUUAUUUAGGGUGUUCAUAAUACAUGUGAAUAUUUUUCUCAUUUAUGUUGCCCCCUACAUUGGCAAAAAAUAUUGUUAUAUUUUUUAUAAUUUUUUUUAUAAUGAAUUGUGCAUGUUACUUUGUCGAAUUCUAUUUAUUAUGCUUUUAUUUAAUCUAGGUAGGUGAUAUUUUUUCUAUCUCUAAUUUUAAGUAUUUAAUGUGAUUGAGAAAAUAAUUUUCAUGUAAUUCUUUGAUGUGACACUAGCCAAAAAUAUUUUAAACUGCCAAAACCUAUGGCCUUUUUUCUACAUUACCAAAUGACUUAUUACAAAUAACAAUAGAAAUAUGUGGAAGUUAUUUUAUAGUUUUAUAUUUUUUGGCAAUACAUAAGAAGGUACACUCACAAAAAAAGUUAAAAGAACAUUUUGUCGUAGACAUGUCUAACUGUAUUUUCUGUAAAACUUAAAUUUUUGUCAGUUUGCUGUGUAUUACUAAGUGUUUUGUUCGUGAGUGUACUUACUAUUAGGUAUCUGUAGUGUAUCGUUACUUAAAGUCAUUUUUACCAGAGCUAUGCAUUUAUUAUUUUUAUUUAAAGCUCGAUGGUAUACUAAUUAUUUUUUACAUAUCUCUAGUUAUAAGAGCUUUUGCAGUUUUAAGGAUACUUAUUCGUAUUUUUAUAGCUUUUAGCAAUAUAAAUGGGUAUAUCCCCAUCUAUAUUCUUUUGUAUGAUAAAUGUAAUCUUGAAUAAACACAAUAUACAUUGA